AUGGCCCUUCCCGGGUCCUGGUACUGGGCGAAUCCGACGGGAACGAUCACAAUCGACGGCAAGCCGGCCAGCAUCGACCCAGCGCAAUCCUACGCACUUUCAGGUGACAGUGGGGCAACUUCCACAUUGGAACAGGCUACCACGCGCUCUGGUUCUACCUGGAGACCGGAGAGGUUCUCAUCUCGUGGAACAUGGAGGCAGAUCGAAACGGCGUGUCAACGACGGCGUCCGCGUCCGUGUGGCAUCCCAGCAGCCUGCACGAAACGAUCCCCGUCGUCCCAGAAUCCCGCGCCUCGGAAACUAGCACCAGCCGACAACCGGGCUAAAUACUUCAACCGUUUCUUUCUGGAUCUUCAGGCUUGA